CUCGUUCUUUGAAUCUAAAAGAGUUGUAGAUCUAAAACGUAAGGACCCCAAUCGCUUGGCCGCCAGUUUCCUGGAUACUAUCGUCGCAAUCGCACAUUCUCCCUUACGAGUAUACUUUGGUUAAUCUAGAGCCAUAAUGGGAUUUGCAGCCGGCUCGGGGUGCGUUGCUCAUUAGCGACUUUCGCACGAUAACGCAAUCAGUGGGCGAGAAGCCGUGCGAGGCGACUGAUGCGACUGGGGCGAGGACACAGCGAGCGCGCGGCACGGCCAGCGAUAUACUUAGACGCGGUGUAACCGAGCGCGUGGCGAGCGCGCAGCUUCUCGGAAAGCGUUUUCCUCGUCAGAGCGCGGCGCGGUGACGAAUCUCGACGUCAUCUGUGACGCGGCGCUCGCGAUAAAAAGCAGGUGGGGGCGCCGACGCCGGCCCUAGUGAAGCCGCAGCCGCGAGAGCCGCACUGCGCCCCGGCGCCGCAUUUGCAGCACUCGCAGCACCCGGCGCAACACUGGCACCCAGCCAUGCCUUUAUGGAGCCCGCGCCCUGCGCCUCUUCCUCCUCCGACGAGUCCGGCUCCGACUCGGGGGAUGACACCGUGCCCGCCGACCCGAGCACGUGGCAGAGACGCGACGUGGUGCGCUGCGUGCGCUGGGCGGCGCGCACGUUCAAGGUGCGGGCGCCGCGCCGUCGUCUGCUGCCGCGCACAGGCCGGCAGCUGCUCGCACUCGACGACGCCGCCUGGCUGCAGGUGUGCGAGGGAUGCUCGGCAUCGGCACGCAUCUUCAGCGCGUAUGUUGCGCACGCGCACGCCAGCGCCACCGGCCGCCCGCCGCCCGCGCCGCUGCCCGAACACCAGGCAGCCGCCGCACCCUCCUCACACCAGCACGGGUGCUCGCGGGGCGGUGCGGGCGCGUCGGGCGGGGGGGGCGGUCAGGUGCAGCUGUGGCAGUUCCUGCUGGAAGAGCUGGCAGCCGGCGCGCCCGGUAUCUGCUGGGAGGGCGCUCCGGGUGAGGGCGAGUUCCGACUGGCCGACCCGGACGAGGUGGCGCGCCGCUGGGGCCGGCGCAAGCAGAAACCCAAUAUGAACUACGACAAGUUGUCCCGCGCCCUGCGCUACUAUUACGACAAGAACAUCAUGACCAAGGUCCAUGGCAAGAGGUAUGCGUACCGUUUCUGCUGGGCGGGACUGGCGGCGGCGUGCCAGGCGCAAGCGGGCGACACAUCGCCCUACUGGCGCUGCCCGCCCCCGCACCACCAUAAUGUGGGACGCCACGGGAUUAACUUACCACCGCGACGCCCCAUUGACCAGCCCGAGAAUAGGGCUCCUCAAUGCGCCCUUAAUGGGGCGCUGUGCCCGUAG